GAUAAGAAUCCACCCGCUAUAAGACCCUUAUAAUUGGGAAUGUUUUAGUGGUCGUUUAGGCCUCGUGAUAGCCUCAAAUUCUCUGACUAAAAUAAACAAAACGGCGGAGUUUCCUAACUCGGUUCGGCCUCAAAUUACCCAACUUGGACAUUUAAGCCGUUCACACAUCCGUUCACGCAUGCAGAUGCAGAUUCAACUCAACACACACAUAUAUCAGAUUACUUACAUCGGACACAUACAGAUACAGAUCAUCUACUACUACUAUUCUAAUUUUAUGGGAACGAGUUAUUAUUGGUUAUAUUCAUUGCUACCUUAAUUGCGGCUUAAAUCCCUCUCACCUACCUUGAUAUCUUAUAUCCGGCAUACGACGAUAUUAACAAGUCAUUGUCAUAAUGGCUUAUACUACACCUCCGUUUGAGGUCACCUUUAAGGGACUAUUGUUCGACAUGGAUGGAACAAUUAUAGACUCCACGGCGGCAGUCGUCAAACACUGGCAUACUGUCGGAAAUGAGAUUGGCGUCGACCCUAAAGUCAUCCUUCAGACAUCGCACGGCCGACGCAGUAUAGACACCCUCAAAGUGAUUAGUCCGGACAAGGCGAAUUGGGAAUAUGUAAGGCAAAUGGAGGCCCUGCUCCCAAAGCAUCACGGCGCCGACGCCAGCGAGAUCCCUGGCGCGCGCCCACUCCUGGAUUCCUUAAUCAAUGUCAACGCGCGGUGGACCAUCGUGACAUCUGGAACGGAGCCACUCGUCGGGGGAUGGCUCGAAGUUCUCAAGCUACCCAGUCCUCCCCAUCUAGUCUCGGCUGAGUCCGUAGAAAUCGGAAAGCCAGACCCAGCAUGCUACAACCUAGGGCGGGAGAAGCUGAGCAUUCCCUCUUCUGAAUCCGACCAAGUUCUCGUGCUUGAAGACAGCCCGGCGGGCAUUCUGGCCGGCAAAGCAGCCGGAUGCAAAGUCCUAGGCUUGGUCACGAGUCAUUCGGCCGAGCAAGUCCUUGCUGCCGGACCCGACUGGAUAGUCCGGGAUCUUCAGUCGGUCCGCAUGGUCCGGGGUGACGGCGACGCCGUCACCCUGCAGAUCUCGGACGCCCUUGCUGCAAAUUAGACUGCUACUCUAGUGUAGGAAUGAAGAAUCAAUAAGUCAGAGACACCCAUGAACAACCCAAAUCGAAUUUCAAGAGAAAACCCCAUUAGAAAGGUAACCCAGGUGACCGCAAUCCUUUAGAGUCCGGAUUCCCAACAAACACUCUCGCACACAGCAUGGUGGUGGGCGGUCUCAGCGGCGCCAAGACUUAUUUCCAAUUUACGUCGUCGACCCCAAAUACCAACUAUUUAUUUCUUGGAUCCCAGUUCGGCAUCUUCCAUUUAUCCUCCACCUAUUAUAACAUAUCUUCUGCAUAGGGGUAUAUACAAUUCGGCAUAUAGACCAGGAUAUCGGGCAUCACCAACUCAUCACAAGACCAAAAACCAAGACUCCAAAAAAGACGGGCCGGCACGACAUCCGUCCGGUAUUGCGCCUCCACGGGAGCGACAAGAAAAGAAGGAAGCACAGAGAAAAAAAGAUAGGUACAUCGGCA